GUUGAACCGGAUGUUGAAACAACUGAAAAAUCUGUUGAACCGGAUGUUGAAACAACUGAAAAAUCUGUUUCAGAUAAAAAGAAAGAAAAGAAAAAGAAAUCAUCCGAAAAGCAAGCAUCUGAGGUUGAAACUUCAAGCAAAGAUCAGGCUGCAGCAAAACCUGAAAUACAUGAAGAAUCUCGUAAAACUUCCGAGACAGGAGAAACCACAGAAGAACAAAGUACGGAAAGUAGUUCCACGGAACAUUCAAAAGAAAAAUCCUCCAAAAAGCGUAAAACUUCCGAAACAGGAGAAACUACAGAACAACAAAAUAUUGAACCUGUUAAAGCAGAAUCAAGUAAGGUGGAGCAAAAAUCUAAGUUUAUUUAA